AUGACUGCAGUGGAGGAGGUCUUAGAGUUUAAAGAGGUUCCUGCUGAUAAAUGUGUGCCUCUCGUUGCAACGAGGCUUCGUGGACGUGCAGCAGCAUGGUGGCAGCAGACUAAGGUGACAAGAUCCAGGCUGGGGAAACCUAAGCUUGCAUCGUGGGACAAAUUGAAGAAAUAUAUGAAGAAACAAUUGCUGCCUUACAAUUAUGUGCGAACCAUAUACCAACAACUGCAAAAUCUGCGUCAAGGUGGGAAAACGGUUAGUGACUAUACCACGGAUUUUUAUAUGUUCUUUACGAGGAACGAGAUGAUGGAGACGGGAGAGCAGUUGGUGUCAUGGUACAUGGGUGGUCUUCAUCCCCAAAUACAGGAUACUCUCAAUAUGUUUGAUCCUGUGAUAGUUUUUGAAGCACAUCAAAGAGCAACACAGAUAGAGAAGCAACAAUCCAGGAAAACCACUAGUCCUUCCAUUGCAGGGAGUUCUUCUAGUAACCCACAACAGCAGGUGGCACAUCCUGGUAAUCCUGCUCAAUCUGGUCUUCUUAGAACAAAUCCUACCCAACAACCAACACGUCCUAGGGUUGGUAUUCGUUGUUUUGGAUGCGGAGUUACAGGCCACAGACAGUUUGAGUGCCCAAAGAAUCCGCGCAGGGGACUCUUUGUUGAUGAGGGAAAUGGCGAUUAUGAAGAUCCGCUUGUAUUUGAUGGUGAGGGCGGAGAAGAAGCAACAGAAGAGGAAGAGUUUCUGGUUGGUGAUGUGGGUCAGGCACUGGUGAUGAGAAGGAGUUUCCUGACUCAUUUGGAGAAUAACACUGAUUGGUUGCGUAAUAAUAUCUUUCAAUCAACAUGUACUGUUGAAGGGAAGGUGUGCAAAUUUGUUAUUGAUUCUGGUAGUUGCGAGAAUGUGGUGGCUGAGGAGGUCGUUAAGAAGCUGGGUUUGCAGACUGAGAAACAUCCCAAACUUUAUAAAUUAGCUUGGCUGAAAAGAGGCAAUGACGUAAAAGUGUCUCAACGUGCUAGAAUCAGCUUCUCCAUCAGACCUACCUACAAGGAUCAGGUCUUAUGUGAUGUAGUAGAGAUGGAUGCGUGUCAUUUACUAUUAGGAAGGCCGUGGCAGUUUGACAGGCACUCGCUGCAUAAUGGAUAUACCAACACGUACAACUUUCUAUUUGGAGGAAAGAAAAUUGUGUUACUACCGGAUAAGGGUUCAGUACAGACAGUUGGGAACAAUGCCAAUUUACUGACCAGAAAGAAGUUCGAGACAGAGAUGGAGGAGUCUGGGGUAGUGUAUGUGCUGAUUGGAAAGUCGGUUGACAGUGAGCAUGAAGUCCCUCUCGUAGUUCAGCCAUUGCUAAAGGAGUUUCAUGAAGUUUUCCUAGAAGAGCUUCCUGAUGGACUACCACCACUGCGGGAUAUUCAGCAUCAGAUUGACUUGGUGCCUGAAGCUGCCCUACCUAAUAGAACGCAUUACAGAAUGAGCCCCACUGAGCAUGAAGAGUUACGCAGGCAAGUUGAGGAGCUUCUGGCAAAAGGACACAUCAAGGAGAGUCUUAGUCCUUGUGCUAUUCCUGCUCUUCUCACACCGAAGAAGGAUGGCACGUGGCGCAUGUGCGUGGAUAGUAGGGCAAUCAAUAAGAUUACGGUGCGUUUCCACUUUCCUAUUCCCCGCCUAGAUGAUUUGUUGGAUCACCUUACCGGUGCUUGUGUGUUUAGCAAGCUUAAUUUGAAGAGUGGGUACCAUCAGAUUCUGAUCAGAUGUGGGGAUGUGUGGAAGACCGCAUUUAAGACGAGGGAAGGAUUGUACGAGUGUGCUAACGAUGACGAACAUGUUCAGUACCUUCGGGAAGUUCUUUUAGUUCUUCGCAGGGACAAAUUCUAUGCUAUAGUGAAGAAGUGUUCGUUUCUCACUGAUCGUGUGGUGUUCCUGGGUUAUGUUAUGUCAAAGGUGGGGUUAGCAGUUGAUACAUCUAAAGUAGAGGCGAUAAGUCAGUGGCCACAGCCUAAGACUAUCACUGAGGUGCAGGGUUUUCAUGGCUUUGCUUCCUUCUAUCGCAAGUUCAUACCGCAUUUCAGUAGCAUCAUGGCACCAAUUACAGAUUGCAUGAAGGAUGUGGGUAUUGGUGGUGUGCUGAGUCAGAACAACAGCCCUGUUGCAUAUUUCAGUGAGAAGCUUUCUGGCCCGAAGUCUCGGUAUAGUACUUAUGAUGUGGAGUUCUAUGCAAUAGUACAGGCCGCUCGACAUUGGCGUCACUAUUUGUUCCAUAAGGAGUUCAUUUUGUAUACGGAUCAUGAUGCCCUUAAACACCUUGGUACUCAGGAUAAGGUUUCUGCUCAACAUGCCUCUUGGAUUGCUUAUCUACACCAGUUUACUUUUGUGAUCAAGCACAAGGCAGGUGCCCUUAACAAAAUUGCAGAUGCAUUGAGUAGGCGCCAAACGCUCCUUACAGAAAUGCGAGUGGAGGUUCCAGGUUUUGACAGGUUGUGUGACUUAUAUGCUACUGACCCAUACUUUUCCCAUGUUGUCCAGAAGUUGCAGGAGGGUGUGCAGUCGGAGUUUACAUGGGUUGAUGGUUUUCUUUUUCAUGGCAAUCAGUUGUGUGUUCCAGAGGGCAGUUUGAGAUGUCAGCAAGUUUGUGGAGCGUUGUUGGAUUUGUCACUUGGCCAAGUGCAAGGCGACCAAUGCGGGCUUGUAUAUGCCCCUACCUAUCCCAACCCAGCCACAGAUGGUCAAACAGAGGUUGUUAACCGUUCCUUAGGUGAUUUACUACGUUGUUUGGUUGGUGAUCACAUCAAGUCUUGGGAUCAGAAGUUGUGUCAAGCAGAAUUCACUCACAAUCAUGCUGUUAACCGAAGUACAGGUUUUAGUCUGUUCCAGGUGGUAUAUGGCCUUGUUCCUCGUGGUCCUCUUGGUCUGGCUGCUGUCGCUGAGUAUAAGCGUGUUGCGGAUCUCAAACGCCGACAUGUUGAGUUUGAGGUAGGUGACUUUGUUUGGACGGUGUUAACAAAGGAUCAUGUUCCUGCUCAUGAAUACAACAAGCUUACUGCAAAAAAGAUUGGUCCAUUGGAGGUCAUUGAGAAGAUCAAUCCGAAUGCUUACCGUUUAAAGCUGCUCAGCCAUAUUCGUACCUCCGACGUGUUCAAUAUCAAGCAUUUGGUGCCAUUUCAUGGUGAUAAUUCUGAUGAUGAUAAAGCUCCUUUCCCGUCAAAUUCGAGGGCGAAUUUUUUCCACCCUGGGGAGAAUGAUGAAGUGUAUAAGGGAUUAGAGUUCAUGGCAAAAUGGGACCAUCACAAGGCAAAAGUUGGCAAAAAGGGCAAAUGA